AAUUUGGGUACGGACAACACUGGUCAUUCCAAAGGCAAGAAAGCUGUUGAAUCUGCGAAAUGGACACCGGAAACAGAGGUUGAGUUCAUACAACGGAUGCUGGAAGAAGUGUUGAAUCAAAUUUGCGUCGGCAGUAACUUUACUACAACUCAAUGGAAUUCCAUUACUAGCAAACUAAAUGAACGCAUUUUCCCCCUCCCACCUUAUGAAGCGAGGCAACUUCAUGGUAAACAGUCUCGCUUGAAGACAUAUUGGCGUCAAUUCCAUACGAUGCAGACAAGUGCAAUCGGUUUUGGUUGGUGCCCAACCAGAAACAUGAUCACGGGAAGCAACGAGGCUUUGGCUAUAUGGACUCAGAAACACCCAAAGGACGAAUUUUUGAAGAACAGAACAUGUCCUCACUACGACGAACUUACCACCAUUUUCAUCGGGAAAACCGCUACUGGUAGUCUGGCAACAGCUUCUACUCAACCGCCACAUGGGAGGACAUGGGUCAGGAGGAGUCCAACUCCGAUCCCGAAAAAUGAAAUGUUUUCCGAUAGUGGUAAAUGGAACACUCCGGACAGCAGCCGUUCAACUCGUCGUCGUAGAGCUCCAUCCCAGUCCAAUGACACCGUCAUGAAUUCCAUUGCUGAGACACGGAGGGCGCUUCAGCAAGUUGCAACAACGACUGAAAGAGCGAUUGCCGAGCUCGAAGCUUAUACAGAUUUGUCGGUCGAUGUUGUCAUGCUUGUGUGUAAAAUGUUUGAAGUACCUUUCAACCGCAGAUUGUUUGUUUCCCUAAAAGUCGAAGCACAUCGUAGAGCUUUAAUUGACCGUUGGGUUGCAGAGAGCUCGCAGUAUACGCUUGUUUGUUUGUGUUUGAUGUCUGGCAUGGAUGAUGAAUGCAAUCAAUACUCCGACCGUGAGGAUUCUAGCGAGCAAGCUGAGCAUGAAUUGGAAAACAGUUGUGAUGACGAUAUCGAUGACUGUGUAGAAACUGAAGACGAUAUGGGCGAUAGUGCGGACGACGCUGAAGAAAAAGUCCUUGUUUAUGCAGCACAACUUGAUUCACUAUAUGAACAACUUGCUACUUCACUACCGUCCACGUCACAAAGAAAACCACGAAUUAAGAGAAGUCCAGUUGCAUCCACCCCAUUUACUCGAAUGGAUUGGAUUAAUGAGUUGUACAUGGGCCCCGAUAAAAGAUUUUUUCAUUCUGAUAACCUACCUCCGUCUUUCUACGAUCUGGACUAUUUUCCACCACGUGAUGAAGACAAUGAUAACGUACCUCCGUCUUUGCACGCCCUCGACUCUAUUCCCCAAAGCGAUGUAGACGAGGAAACGAGUGGUUGGAACCCCUCUUUGAAUGUUUCACAAUCUGCUUAUAGGGAACAGUGUGCAUUGCGUGACUCAAUUGCAUCCGCUUUGUGGGCGGAUCGAGGGAACAGACGCGCUUAG